AAUCUCAGCAGAGGGGUGAGGUGAGGCAGGCAGAGCUCAGCGUCUCCAGUGCUACAUUUUGCAACAGAAAGGCAGUUUGCCUUCCCUAAAAAUAGCUCCCGCCUGCAUCGUGCAGGAAAUACAGAAGAGGAGCGGGCCUGACACCGGUCUCACGCACAGAGGCACCGCUCCCCUCCAGUCUGGGGGAACACAGACGGGCGUGCACUGUGCUCUGUGGCUGCGAGCCUCGGCGGGCAGGGAGUCGGCUUGGGCUUGGGCCCGGGCCGGCUGCGCUUUCCCCGCGCCUCCGCUAGGGGUCUCCCCGGGGUGUGUGCGCUGCCUCUGCCGCGGCUCUGGGUGGGCUGGGAUAUCAGCUGACUCGCGCUCUCGCCGGAGCUCGGCUGGUGCUGCCGCAGCUCACUCCGAUCCCCCGGCAGCGGCGGCGGCGGCGGCGGCGGCGGCUGGUAGCGGACGCGCGGAUUUACAGCCGGUCCCCCGUCCCCCCCGAGGCGAUGCUGCCCCAUUUAGCGCUCCUCCUGCUGGCCUGCUCCUGCACGGCCCGGGCUGUCGAGGUGCCUACUGAUGGAAACGCUGGCUUGUUGGCAGAGCCCCAAAUUGCCAUGUUUUGUGGCAAACUCAAUAUGCAUAUGAAUGUUCAGAAUGGAAAAUGGGAAUCUGACCCCUCAGGGACCAAGACCUGCAUUGGCACAAAAGAAGGGAUUCUGCAGUAUUGCCAGGAAGUUUAUCCUGAAUUGCAAAUUACCAAUGUUGUGGAAGCCAACCAGCCUGUGACCAUCCAAAACUGGUGCAAGAGGGGACGGAAGCAGUGCAAGAGUCACCCUCACAUUGUGGUUCCCUACAGGUGCUUGGUUGGUGAGUUUGUGAGUGAUGCUCUUCUGGUGCCAGAUAAGUGCAAGUUCCUCCACCAGGAAAGGAUGGAUAUAUGUGAAACUCACCUGCACUGGCACACUGUUGCUAAAGAGUCCUGUAGUGAAAAGAGUAUGAAUCUGCAUGAUUACGGUAUGCUGCUGCCCUGUGGAAUUGACAAGUUCCGUGGUGUGGAGUUUGUUUGCUGUCCAUUAGCAGAUGAAAGUGACAAUGUUGAUUCAGCUGACGCUGAGGAAGAUGAUUCGGAUGUCUGGUGGGGAGGUGCGGAUGCAGAUUAUGCAGAUGGAAGUGAUGACAAAGUGGUAGAAGAGCAGCCAGAGGAAGAGGAGGAAGUAACAGACGUUGAGGACGAAGAUGUCGAUGAUGAUGACGAUGAUGGUGAUGAGAUUGAAGAAGAGGCAGAGGAACAGUACGAAGAGGCCACGGAAAGAACUACCAGCAUUGCUACCACAACCACCACUACUACCGAAUCGGUAGAAGAGGUUGUUAGAGAGGUGUGCUCUGAACAAGCUGAGACUGGUCCUUGCCGAGCAAUGAUCUCCCGCUGGUACUUUGAUGUGACUGAAGGAAAGUGUGCACCAUUCUUUUACGGCGGAUGUGGUGGGAACCGAAACAACUUUGACUCUGAGGAAUACUGCAUGGCAGUCUGUGGCAGCGUCAUCCCCACCACAGCUGCCAGCACUCCAGAUGCUGUUGACAAAUACUUGGAGACACCUGGUGAUGAGAAUGAGCAUGCCCAUUUCCAGAAAGCCAAGGAGAGACUCGAAGCCAAGCACCGUGAAAGAAUGUCUCAGGUCAUGAGGGAAUGGGAAGAAGCGGAACGCCAAGCAAAGAACUUGCCAAAGGCUGAUAAGAAGGCUGUUAUCCAGCAUUUCCAGGAGAAAGUGGAAUCACUGGAACAAGAAGCAGCAAAUGAGAGACAGCAGCUAGUGGAGACUCACAUGGCCAGAGUGGAAGCCAUGCUGAAUGACCGUCGCCGCAUUGCUCUGGAGAACUAUAUCACAGCUCUGCAAGCCAUCCCUCCCAGACCUCGCCAUGUGUUCAAUAUGCUGAAGAAGUAUGUGCGUGCAGAGCAGAAAGACAGACAGCAUACCCUCAAACACUUUGAACAUGUCCGCAUGGUGGAUCCAAAGAAAGCUGCCCAAAUCAGAUCUCAGGUUAUGACACACCUACGUGUGAUAUAUGAGCGCAUGAACCAGUCUCUUUCACUUCUCUACAAUGUACCAGCGGUUGCUGAGGAGAUUCAAGAUGAAGUGGAUGAACUGCUUCAGAAAGAGCAAAACUACUCUGAUGAUGUCUUGGCCAAUAUGAUCAGUGAGCCCAGGAUCAGCUAUGGAAAUGAUGCCCUCAUGCCUUCAUUGACUGAAACUAAAACCACAGUUGAACUUCUUCCAGUUGAUGGAGAAUUCAGCCUAGAUGACCUUCAGCCAUGGCAUCCUUUUGGUGUUGAUUCUGUCCCAGCCAACACUGAAAAUGAAGUUGAGCCAGUUGAUGCCCGCCCAGCUGCAGACAGAGGACUGACCACAAGACCAGGUUCUGGAUUGACCAAUGUUAAAACAGAAGAGAUCUCUGAAGUAAAGAUGGAUGCAGAGUUCAGACAUGAUUCAGGAUACGAAGUGCAUCAUCAAAAAUUGGUAUUCUUUGCUGAAGAUGUGGGUUCAAACAAAGGUGCCAUCAUUGGACUAAUGGUGGGAGGUGUCGUCAUAGCAACAGUCAUUGUCAUUACCUUGGUGAUGCUGAAGAAAAAACAGUACACAUCCAUCCAUCAUGGUGUAGUGGAGGUGGAUGCUGCAGUGACACCAGAAGAACGCCACCUUUCCAAGAUGCAACAAAAUGGCUAUGAAAAUCCAACCUACAAGUUCUUUGAACAGAUGCAGAACUAGAACACCACAACAGCCUCAUGAGUUGGACAGCAAAAUGAUUGCUUCACUGCCCAUCGGUGUUCGAUUCUAGAAUAACGUGGAAAGAAACAAAAACACUCUGUUUUAUUAUUUACUCAUUAUCGCCUUUUGACAGCUGUGCUGUAACACAAGUAGAUGCCUGAACUUGAAAUAAUAAAAAUCAGUAAUGUAUUUUCUCUCUUUACAUUUCAGUCUUUACACUACAUUAUUAAUGAAUGUUUUUUGUGUACUGUAAAGAGUUUAGCUGUAUUUAACUAGUGCAUGGAUAGAUUCUCUUUCCCAAUUAUUUAUCAUGUGGCCCCUUAGCCAACUGUAUAUUAUUCUUGUGAUUUGUGGCAAAAAUUAAGUCCUUCUUGAAAUAUGCUUUAAAGAAUUGAUGGGGGAUGCUUCCUGUGUCUUAGCUGCUUCUCUUUGCUGAGAUUUUUUUUUUCUGAUCAGUAGGCAUUUUAAAGUAAAACUACUUUUUUUAAAGUAUUCCAGAUGAGUUAUUUUCUUCUGCAGUUGCAUUUUAUUGUACAGAUGGUUGCUUCUGCUGUAUUAGUGAUGUAGGAAUCAUGGGAAUACACAUUUGUUUCUUUGUGCCUGUUUUAUGUGCACACCUUAGGCAUUGGAAGGUAAACUUAUUUUCUUUUCCAUGUACCUUUUUGAUCUUUUAAUAAAAAUUAAAAAUUAAAAAGAAUCCCUAUUAAUUGUGAGCACUUUCAUAGGGGAAAAAGUGCCUGCUGGUUGAAAAUUAAUGGGGAUCCUACAAAUGUUUCUGCAGGAUGAUUGUACAGAAUCAUUGCUUAUGAAUUGAUAGCUUUCUACACUGUGUUACAUAAAUAAAUUAAGAAAAAAACCUUUGGACAAGAGUUUUCUUUGGAGGCAGAAACAGCUAUGUUGAAAGUAAACAGUAAUCAUCAAACAUUCAUAGAGCUGGAGGGAAGGGGUGUUUUUCCUGCAAGUGGAUAUGGACCAGAACAUCCACAGUUUGAAUAUAGAGGAACAAAAUGGCAGUGUGGGGAGGGGGCGUAGCCUUUGGCACCCCUUCCCCUGUCAUUUUUUUCACUUUGUAUGAUAGCAUUUUAAUGUAAAUAAAUACAUUCCUGGAGGA